CCGCGCUCUCUCUCUCCGUGACGUCAGUGUCGUGAGACGGAAGUGCAGACUUGUAGUCGUUAGAGAUCCUGGUGGUGACUAAUGACAAAUCAAGCUGCUCUCUGAAAACACACAGCCAGCCAGGUGAACACCGACAGAUCCUCUGGGAAGUCUCCUGUUCAAACAGAAAAGAUGCAUGGCCGAGUGAAGGUUAAAUCUACAGCCCAGCAGGAGGAGGAGAAGAGGAAGGAGAGGGAGAAGAAACUGAAGAUAUACGUGGCUGCACGAGAUGCCUGUUUCUCUAAGAGGAAGGAGGGUGUUUGGGACGAUGAGGCUCUCCAGAUUACCCAGCAGCUCCUCUCAUCCAAUCCUGACUUCGGCACCCUCUGGAACUACAGAAGAGAGAUCUUGAUGCACCUGGAGACUGUGAAGGACGAGGAUGAAGUGCAAAAGAUUUACGAGGCUGAGCUGUCGUUUCUGGAGUCGUGCCUGAAAGUGAACCCAAAGUCCUACGGCAGCUGGCACCACCGAGGCUGGGUCUCCACCCGCUUGCCUCGACCGGACUGGGCCAGAGAGCUGAGCCUGUGUGAUCGCUGCUUGAACCUGGACGACCGCAACUUCCAUUGCUGGGAUUACCGCCGGAUGGUUGUGAAGAUGUCCGGCGUGCCCGUGGAUCAGGAGUUGGCGUUCACUGAUCGUCUCAUUGGCUCCAACUUCUCCAACUACUCCAGCUGGCACUACCGCAGCACCCUGCUGCCGCUGCUCCACCCAGAGUCUCCUGAGCCCCCGUCACCGUGCCACAAGCCCCCCCAGUCCUCCCCUCCGCCUUCUCCACAAAUCCACUCCCAUCGCGUCUGUGAGGCGCAGCUCCUCAAAGAAUAUGAGCUUGUACAGAAUGCUUUCUUCACCGACCCCAACGAUCAGAGUGCUUGGUUCUACUAUCGCUGGUUGCUAGGCAGAGCGGAGCGUGAAGAGAUGAUAAGCUGUGUGUACGUCAGUCGGGAUGAGGAGCGAGUGGCCGUCGCCUUCUCUCGGCCCGUUAACGCGCAGUCAGUCGGCCUGCUGCUGGUCCUGGAUGGUCAGCCUCAGAGAGUGGAGUGGAGGAGCGUCCACCCGCGCUUCAAACACAGCCCUGUCUGGAUCUGUGACUUUCCUCCUGGAACGAUCAGCGACAUCUCAAAUGAACACAACCUGACGGUGCACUGGACUGAGAAACCCACUCGCAGAGACUGUGCUCUGUACACAGGUCGAGCGGAGAGUUGGUGUCGGGACUCUGCUACGGAUCAGGAACUUUUCAGGAGUGAACUGUCAGUAGAGAAGACCUCGGUGUUACAGUCGGAGCUGCAGUCGUGCAACCAGCUACAAGAACUGGAGCCACUCAACAAGUGGUGCUUACUGACCAUCAUCCUCCUGAUGAGGGCGCUAGACCCUCUGGGAUAUGAAAAGGAGACUCUUGCUCAUUUCCAAACACUGAAGGAGGUGGACUCCAUGCGCUCUGCUUAUUACAGCGACCUGUGCAGCAAGUUUAUGAUUGAAAACACCAUCCUGAAAAUGGAGUACGCUGAAGUUCGCGUCUUCAGUAUUUCUGACAAGAACCUGACCACUUUAUGCCACCUGGACCAGCUGUUAUUGGUCACCCACAUCAAUCUGUCGACCAAUCAGCUGCAGCGGCUGCCCCCUCAGUUCGCCAUGUUGCAGUGCCUGGAGGUCUUGGAGGCUGAUAACAACUCCAUAGAAAAUCUGGAAGGAGUCUAUCACCUUCCCAAACUGGAGGAACUCCUCUUGAAGAAUAACAAAAUCUCCACAUUGGCAGAUCUUCAGCCGCUGGCCUCCUGCCCCAAUCUGAAGCGCCUUGAUCUCCGUGGCAACCCCGUCACUCAGACCGCCAACGUGGAGUCUUUGCUGUCCGAGCUGCUGCCCUCAGUCACGGACCUCCUGCUCUGAUCGCCGCCGUCGUCGCCGCCGUUUCGAUUGUCCCUCACAUUCUCUGGCGUGUUUGUUUGUGAAAGAGCAAGUGGGUGUUUUUCUUCUCCAGCGUCUUGUGACUCUGUUUGUUUGGGAGACUGUCAAUCACACCGAUCCCCGCGGGGCUGAGAGCCUGAUGCCUCGGAGCACAUGUCAGGAACCUCUUAACACCUUCAGCGAAACGUCUACAUUUGUGUGAGUGAGUGAGUGAGUGCGUGCGUAAUAACCAAUGUUGCAUUUCUUUGUGUGUGUGCGUAUGGAUGUCCUUAAUACAACACACCCAAAUGCAUGCGGGAACCCUGAUAAUGGAGUAAAUUCAACCCGGUCUCACAGGAAGGCGAAUAGAUAGCACGACAUCACAACGACAUUCGGCGUGUCAUGAGAACGCAUUUUAGGCUUUUCGCUUUUUGUCAUUUGUAUGCCACGCAACAAAACUACGGUAAUGUCCACAGUUAGGUUUAGGCAAUGCCGGAUACAGUAUUAUAAUGGUAGUGUCUAAAAGGGAACCAGCAAACUGUGAAAUCUGAUCUGAGAUUUGCAAAAUCUCACGCGAGACUCACUGCCCGACGACCUAUCCUAACCGUUCAAGGUCAAUGCCUAACCUUAUUACACGGCUUUGUUGAAUACUUGAUUCUGAUUAGUCGAUCACGGCGUUCUACAGUCUGUUAUUUCUUUAUAACAGACCGUUGCUAUGUAUAACAGACCACCGUUGCUAUGGGCGCAGUUCUAAUGUCGGACUCUGGCGGACCGUUUUUGUGCCAAAUUAUUGAUUUCUUAAGUAAGUAGCCGUGGGAUAAGCGGGAUGCAAGUCCACAUCACCCUGUCGGGGUUUAUUUCACAACAAUGACCGGCUAGCUGUACAUUAUCCCUUACUUAACUAUUCAAGGUUAAUGCCUAACCUUAACAAUCUUCUGAGAGUUUGCUGGUUCCCUUCUAGACACAACCAUAUUAAACAUGCUCAGUAUUUAUGAUGGGAUGUCCUGUUGUGUGUGGGAUCCCCGAGGACAGCUGAUGACGCAGUCACGAGGGAAACAACGAUAGCCAAUAGAGAACCAAGCUGACUGAAGAAGGAAGGACGACUAAUGCGUCAUGGCAACCGCGG